AUGGCUUGCACAAUCGACUUUCGUCGCCUUGACGAAGGCUUCGGCGGGAAAACCUACAAGCGUAAACGCGAAGAAGAAGCACUUCAAUUAGCCGCAACAGUAACGGCAACAACCGAUGCCUUGAUGGAGAUCGACGCGCCGCCUGCAAAGCGAUCAGCAAUAGCUUCCUCAGAUAAUCCAGACAUGCCGGUAGCCGUGGGAAAGCCGACAUACGAUGGGGUGAUAGCAGGGAAGGUGUCGGGACGCAAAUGGAAGCAACCGAGGAAACAGAGAGCGUCGGCGAAACAUGUGAGCAAGAGGGGCAUGAGUUACGAGGAGAGGGAGAGGGAGAAGGAGAUAAAGAAAGCGUACAGAGAGAGGAAGAAUGAGCUGAAGGAGGAGAUUAGGAACCAUAAAGUGGAGAAGAGGAAGAUGAGACAAGAGAGAGAGAAGAGGAAGCAGGAGAAUAUAUUGAAGUCUGGUACUAAGUUGCAGAAGAUUACUAACCCCAAAACUCUCAAGAAGAUUGCUAAGUCUAAGGAUAGGAAGUUGCUUAAGGUUGUUCCUGAUGAUCUUGUUAACAGGAAGAAGAAGAGUACUAACAAGAAUGAUUAG